AUGAAGUUUCUCCGAUGUAUUGUUUUCUCGAUUGUUGUUUCAGUUUGUUUUAACGCCCUGAGCUUCACUACUGUACAAAGAACUUCCAAAUCGGGAAGGCAAUCGCUCUUUUUUCAUGAUUUAGCAUCCCCGGUUUCUUCUCACAGAGGAAAAUUCACGAGCCCAGGUCAGGCAGCUGCCGUUUCUGCUCUAUGGCGGGAGAAUUUUGGGGGCACGGAUCCUCCGCCACCGCCCAUAUUCACCUUGGAAGACCGUGCAGAUUUCUCUCCAGAAUCUGGGAUCGCAGAUUACCCUAUUUCUCCAGAAACCAAGUCGGAAAUGAGAACUCCUCUUCGAGAUUCCCGGCGUGACUCUAUUUCUCCAUUGAGAAGCAAGUCAGAGGCGAGCACUUCGUCUGCCCUUGUUGGAGGGCAGCAAGUACAACAGACACCUGCAAGUUCAAGCUGGUUGUCUCCAACGAAGAGCGGCAGUGAGCAUGAUGAGAAGGGGAAAGGCUCUCCUGUUGAAGGCGUGAUGCAACCGGGUGCUUUAAUUACGUUUCCUCCACCAAGGGAAGUUGCAAGGCCGGAGUUGCAGAAGAGUAGCUUACCUGCGGGUAACCUCGAUGAGGAGGAAUGGGUUACUGUAUAUGGAUUCUCCCCUGGGGAUACCAAUUUAGUAUUGCGUGAAUUUGAAAAAUGUGGUGUAAUUUUGAAACAUAUCCCUGGUCCAAGAGAUGCUAACUGGAUUCAUGUUCUAUAUCAGAACCAUUCUGAUGCUCAGAAAGCUCUCAAUAAGAACGGAAUGCAGAUAAAUGGAGUUCUGAUUGUGGGAGUGAAGCCCUUGGACCCAAUCCAACGGCAGGCUCUGAACGAAAGGCUUAACAACCAGGGAUUCAUGACUUUGCCCCCUCCAUCUACUAGUUCUGAUCUAUCCAGGUCGCAGAUCACUCCUCGUCCCUAUUAUGUUCAGAACCAUGGUGGCAAUGCUCAGCGUUCAGUUGGUGCCAUUGCCUCUCCUGCAAAAUCUGUCGUAUCCAAAAUCAUGGAUUUAAUGUUUGGCAUUUGAAUUGAAUCAUGUUUCCAACCUGUACAAUACAGCGGUAUGAUCUACACUGGUGGUCGAACGCUUUUGAACUGCUGGAAAUGUAUCAUUGCCCUUGUGAAAGUCGGGGCAUAUCCGGAGUCAAGUUUUUUAUGACUAUUCUUUAGGGGCCAAUUUCUUGAUUCUAUGGUCUCAAAUAUUCUUCUUGCUUAUGCAUCGGCGUGUUGAUAGGAAUGAAAUGUACCUUCUGGUAUCGCUGUAAAUUGAAAAACCAAUUAAUGAGAGUUACCUACUGGAGUGCUCCGAGCCUCCUGACUACUGAGCUAGCCCAUUUGAUGA